AGUGAAAAACGUUUCUCUGCCAGCUCGUUUGGAUAACUUGACAUUUUGCGUUUUCUGCGCGCGAGCGAAUUUGUGCUCGUGAUUACGCGUUAGGUCGUGCCUCUGACACAGCCUCAGACGGCUGCGAUUUUCCUUCAACGCCUAUACCGCCUAAACCACUAAAGAAUCCCGCGAGCUUGUAGGUCACGACCGGCACGCCAGACACGGAACUAGAGAAAAUACGAUGCUGCCACCCCAAGCUCCCCGAACAGUUCUUCUUCCCUCCCGACUCCAAACGUCAGCAUAUAGGCCGAGCUACAGCACCGUAUAGCUCCCACCCAACACAACACAACAGGGCACUGGUGGUGGUACCGAAUGCACAAGCAGCGACGUGAAAAAGGCCGAUCGGUAAAGACGAGGAGAAGGACAGGAGGGAGAGGGGGGAGGGGAAACCGCAUCGGACGGCCGCCCAACAGACCUCGAAUUAACCCCCCAGAAAGCCCAGUCAUUAUUGCUCCAAGACCCGAAGCAAACUCAAGCCUGGAAUUUUGUCGUGUCGAUUCGCACCCUGUUUCCGAGAACCUGGACGAGCAACCACAACCCAACAACAUAAUUACCCCAAGCGUCUCAUCAGCAGCACAAGCCUACUUAGACACUUCGAAGUCUGUGGAGGCCUCCAAAUCGACUACGAUGUCUGUGCAACGAGGCCGCCCAUCACUGAGAGUCCGGGUGCCUCCUCCAUUUGAUAUCAAUAAUCUUGCCCAUGAUGAACUAGCAGUGGAUGUCGAGAUAAUGACACCAGGCGGUGACUUUGUGAAACUGCCAAAAACUAUCAUUUCUCCGCGCUUCCCUCGAUUAUUUAUACCGGCAAGGACUGCCGAGGUCUUGGGCUGGCAUCCAUACGAGUUAUCCGGAGACGACAUCCAAACUUUUGUGACGCCGCUGGGUCGUAUCAGGACCACACGGGCCGUGUUUCUUUACUUUAGGGUCCCGCAACUGCAGGCACCUCUCAAGCUUUGUCGGAUUCCCGUCCUGGACGAUGAUGAUGUCAGCCUGGGGGUGCCCCUGAUUUUGGGGAAGCCUUUUAUCGACUUUUUUUUUGGCGACCAGUGGCCCCUUGCCGAGACACCAUACGACGAGCCAUUGGUUAUCUCUGAAAGUAAUCAGAGCACCGCAAUUGUGUCUCAAUACGUUCCACCAGUUAUGCCCCCUCCACAGGCUGGGCGUAAUCCAGGUCUUUGGCCUGGCGGCGGUUAUGGCGGCCCCAUACCCAACAUGCCCUUGGAUAAUGAUAAUGAUAAUGAGAUACCGGAUUGGGACGGUGGGUAUUUUGGUACGUCGUCAAUUCAAGAACAAGCCGCAACGUGGUGCAUGUGAGCUAACUUGUAGCCAAAGCCAAUUUCGGACAAUGGUAUUGGUAGGGGGUUGACGGGUAGCCACGUGUGGUGGAUCUGCACGACGAGGCUAGCUGUGACGCUAGAACUGCGCUCAGUCGAUGCUUCUGCUGUGUCGCAAACCUACCUUAAGACUCGGGUAUUUGGGGUGUGACU